AUGUGUGGUGGACCCUCUCCUUACGCGCGCGACGCCCAGUCGUCAAGUCCGACGUCUCCUAGCUUCGCGGCUGGCCACCUGCCGGCUCGCGAUUCCGACGAUGAAGAGUACAGAGAUCAUGAAAUGAGUGACACAGAGUUCGACAACCCCAUCGAGCAUGACCACCUUGGCAGUAGGCCUGGUAGCGCUGAUGGCCACCGCGACACCGAGAACCAGUCGGAAGGCGCAGAGAUCGAAGAGGGCAUGCUUCUCAGAGAUAUGCCAAAAAAGACAACAUUCUACGACCCCGUAACUGAGCGCCAGAUGACUCAGACAGACGCCAAGUUGUUCUUUCAACGAAGCCAGGUCGAGAGGAACCAGAUUCCUACAAACGCCCACGCUACUCCCAUUGGCAGCCCAUUCAUUGCGCCAGGCCACGGCCACGGUGCUGGAACAAGGCACAUUCCUGUGGACCCCUCCCAGAGCGCCAUCCUAUCUCCCGAAUCCACAAUGGGCACCGGGUUCAACGCCGGCCCUGUCAAUGAUCCUCUGAUCGAGGCCUCAAUGCGCCAAAGAAUGCCACGCCUUUCAGGCAGCUAUAGUCAUACUCGGACCGGCAAUGGCUCCUCGCCUUUGCCAGGGAGGAUUAACCCGGCUGCUCAGCAGGAGACGUUGCUCAACACCGGCAUGGUCUCCGGCAUUGGAAGCAGCACUUAUAUGGACGCAGACCCUCAGAUCACCGCUGAACUUACUGGUAUCUUCCAGGAUGUCCAGAAGAUUAUUGAUAUCAGGCGGAAGUACAUCAAUCUUUCCCUCCAAGGGCCGAAUGACAACCCUAAGGACGACCCCAGCUGGGUCAUCUAUCCUCCUCCCCCGGUUCCGGCCUGGAGCGAAGACCGGGACAAGGCUGGGCGCGGCACUCAUGCCCAUAACAGCGCUGGAAACAGCCUAGCAAACAGCAUGAUUCUAAACAACGACAAGCACGAAGGUUCCUCUGGCACGGCAUACAAGUGGACUGGCAAGAAGCGCAAGCCUGGACAGGAUAUUGGAGAGGAUUUUGAGCUUGAGGACUUGCUUCCUGCGCCUGGUCCGGAUGACAUGACAUAUAAGCUGGAUGAAAAUGGUGUUUACCAGGUCUAUCACAACGAUCAGGACAAAGAGGCUGAUAAGCCAGCUAUCGAGAUCCCGACCUUGAGAGAGUAUUACGUGGAUCUGGAAGCCAUCCUGUCAGUCUCCUCGGACGGACCUAGCAAGAGUUUUGCUUUCAGACGUCUUCAGUACCUCGAAAAGCGGUUCGACCUCUACGUACUUCUGGAGGGAUACGAUGAAACGGCAGACAGCAAGAAGGUGCCCCAUCGUGAUUUUUACAAUGUCAGAAAGGUUGACACUCACGUUCACCACUCGGCCUGCAUGAACCAGAAGCAUCUCUUGCGUUUCAUCAAGAGUAAGAUGAAGAAGUACCCGGACGAGAUCGUGCUUUACAGAGAUGGCAAGCACCUGACGCUGGCCGAGGUGUUUGAGAGUAUCAACCUCACAGCCUACGAUCUCAGUAUCGACACGCUCGAUAUGCAUGCUCACACGGAUUCGUUCCACCGCUUCGACAAGUUCAACUUGAAGUACAACCCGAUUGGCGAGUCGCGUUUGCGUACCAUCUUCCUCAAGACCGACAACUUUAUCAACGGACGCUACCUGGCUGAAAUUACCAAGGAAGUAAUUUCGGAUCUGGAGUCUAGCAAGUACCAGAUGGUUGAGUGGCGUGUGUCCAUCUACGGCAAGUCUCUCGAUGAGUGGGACAAGCUUGCCAACUGGGUUGUCGACAACAAGCUGUUCUCUCACAACGUCCGCUGGCUCAUCCAGAUUCCUCGCCUCUACGAUGUUUACAAAGCUAGUGGCGGUGUAAACACGUUUGAGGAGGUGGUCCGGAACAUUUUCCAGCCCCUGUUCGAGGUCACCAAGGACCCGUCUUCGCACCCCAAGCUGCACAUCUUCUUGCAAAGAGUCAUUGGUCUGGACAGUGUCGACGAUGAAAGCAAGGUUGAGCGACGACUGUUCAAGAAGUUCCCCGUCCCCAAGAUUUGGGACGGCAAGCAGAACCCUCCUUACAGCUACUGGAUCUACUAUCUGUAUGCGAACAUGGCCUCGCUUAACCACUGGCGCAAGAAGCGUGGCUUUAACACCUUUGUCCUCCGUCCUCACUGCGGUGAGGCAGGUGACAGUGAGCAUCUGGCCGUCGCUGCUCUGUGCUGCCACAGCAUCAGCCACGGUCUUCUCUUGCGCAAGGUUCCUGUUUUGCAGUAUGUCUUCUAUCUUGAGCAGAUCGGUAUCGCCAUGUCGCCAUUGAGCAACAACGCGUUGUUCUUGGCGUACGAGAGGAACCCGAUGCACCAGUACUUCAAGCGUGGCCUCAACGUGUCACUCUCUACAGAUGAUCCUCUCCAGUUCGCGUUCACCAAGGAGCCGCUUAUCGAAGAGUAUGCGGUGGCGGCGCAGAUCUACAAGCUCAGCCCGGUGGAUAUGUGCGAGCUUGCAAAGAACUCGGUCAAGCAGAGUGGUUACGAGUAUUCCGUCAAGGAGCAGUGGCUCGGCAAGGACUUCCACUUGUCAGGAGCCCAGGGCAAUACCAUGGUCAAGACCAACGUGCCUGACCGUAGAGAGGAGUUCCGCUAUAGGACUCUUCUUGAGGAAAGGGGAAUGGUCGAAAGGUACAACGCCCUCGCAGCCGAAGCGGCAGCAACCUCCGCUCAAGCAGCCCCCAAGUCUCCCGCUCCGCCUGCAAAGGCUAGCAUUGGAGAAGCGAAGACCUCCCACAACAUCGGCACCUCGGCGCCCUCUCCCCACGCGGGCACCGACUCCCUUUCUCAAUCCCAGAUCCUUCCCAGCCCAAUGCAGCAGUCACCCCAGCUGGGCCUCCCCAGUGCCGCUCUCGAAGGUCAAGGAACCGCCAGCGCCACUGGCCUCACAGACUCGCUGAGGGAGCUUCAUCUUCCCGGGCACGAACCUAGGUAUUUCCCCGGCGUGAUGUCGCGCAGCCAGGGCCGCAAGACCAGCACCCGACAGAGUUCGAUGCAUGAGAGCGAUGUAACCAAGCCGUAG